ACCAAACCACUGAGGGCCCCGAGUUGUGAUGGCUGAAUCUCGGAGAGUUCAGUUGACCACUUUGUCCUACGAUGUACCUGCAUCCUCUGGCGAACCGGCUGCGGCCCAGAGGCCUCCGUCAGGUGUUCCGCAGCAGGUGAAGGAGACCCGUCCGGACCGAGCCGCUGACCCAGGCUCGGUCCGACUGGUGCUCACAUUAUUUGAGCCUGAUGAACGAAGCUUUCCCGAGUUCAGCUACAGUCAACUCGUUGACAACAAGUAUGAUGAAUUUGUCCCGGCCUCCCUCACAACCAAAUUUGGUGGCUUCUAUGUAAAUUCGGGCGUGCUGCAGUUCCGCCAGGCUUCUGACACGGAGGACCUCCCUACAGAGGAGAAAACAAUUGAGCCUUCAAAA